AUUCAAGAUCUGCAAGAUGGAGCAGGAUAAUUUUGGUGAGAUGUUUUGAGUUUUUAUCAAUGAUUUCACAGCCCAGAACAGAUGGGGAACAAGCAAGCUAGUCAUCAAGAACCAGUUCAAAGAUCCGUUCAUUAUGAAAAACUUUCAAGCUUGUAUGAGGUGAGCAAAAUAUUCCCGAGAAAACACUGCUGUGUCGACAUAAUUGAAGUCAGCUGUGUUUUGUCUGUGAUCGAAUUUAUUUUUAUCCAAACGUGACGCUUAAGCUUACUAGGUCAACCUUGUAAUAUUCUUUAAAUUCUGUAUUCGUAAUAUAAAGAGUGCUUUUUUUGAAAAAGUGGAUUAUUUAGUAUUUAAGCUUAGCUAGCAUCGGAUCUAUCCAUGUACAUGGCAUGUAUAGUUCUUUCUGGUACGGUGAAGGAGGACCAGUAUGUCAUGAAGUGACUGAAUACAUGUUCAUGUAGCACUGUUUAACCCCCGUUAAUACGGACACUGAGAAUUUAUAGAAAAUAUAAGGACUUUCUUUCCACAGAGACAAAGCAAACUGUAAUGAUAAUGUUUUAAGCGGGUGUCUGCACUUGUAGGGAUGUUAAAUUUAUAGCCGGCAAUCUCCCUUCCACUUCUAAAAAUUAAAUCUGAAGGGUUAAUUUUUUGUUGGCCCCUAUAAUGUGCCGAUCAAUUCAAUACAUCAACAUCCGCCCGAGAGAGCCACCAGCACUUGACCAUUACUUAUGCCAGAAGAGUUGAGAAUUUGACCUUUGCUUGGGUAGGGUGGGUAAUUUGAAACUGCAAAUUUAAAAAAUGUAAUAUCCUUUUACAAUCUGGCAUCUAACAGUGUAGUUCAAUAGAUCCAGUCUUUCUCAUUGUUAGGUGGUCUCGAGUAGUUAUUAGGUAUUAAGAAAUAUCUUUUGUAAACGAAUGGCUUGUUCGGCAAAGACUGCAAAAGCUACUCGACUUGUGUGCAUUUUUUUACCAUGACCCUAAUGUCACUCCCUUCUUAAUUCAAAGUAUAUUAUGACUGUGAAUUUGUAUAAGCGCGUACUUACUUUUAGUCGUCCGAAAGAUGUAUUAUAACUAUAAUCCUUACAUCCUCGCACACCAAGAUUGCAAACGCAAAGUUUGUUUUUUGAAUUCAAAAUCUGCAAAACCUUUUUUCUUUGGGAAGGGCAUUUGACUACUACAUUGGGCUAAUGUAAAGGGAACUUGACCAGGCCUGACUUAAAAAGGUUUAAAUGCCCGAAGGGCGGAGAAGUGGGGGGAAUGUCUGGGAGGAGGGGAAAAUUUUGAAGUUCCAAAUUGAUCAGCACAAUAUAUGUUAUGCACUUGUUAGUAUUAGAAAUAUCACUUUUUUGCUAUAAUAUACGCUCACUCAUUCUAUUUCUGAUGCAUCAAUAACUUGACUGUGUUUUAACUGUACAAAAUGUGCAUUUUUCAUGAAGCAUUCUGCCAUUGUUAGUAAAGUUGUCUUGAAAGUUUGAAAGUGAUAUGUCAAGGGUGCAUUUACAUGCAUCAGGUUCUUGUGUGUUCAGGACACUUUCAUCCUAAAUUUAUCCUUGUUAAACUGAGUGGUACAUUGACAGCCAAGUUAUCAAUAAAGUUUUAAAGCAAUAAUGUUUUGGCUAUGAUCUCAAAUACUGUCAGUAAACACCCACUUAUAAGAAACUGUAAAUACAUGUAGUAAAAUUAUAUUCUUACCUCCAGACUAAAAUUAAGCAUUAUAUAAUAUUAUACAAAUCACUCUCUAUUCUACUACAGUAACAGAACAGUCAUCUGAGCUUGUCCAGAAUUUUUGGUUCUCAUAUGUCAGUUUUUCAUUGUAUUCUCUCUUUUUAAAACCAAUACAAUAAAGGAGCUUGGAGAGGUUAAAGACAGGAUUUUGAUCUUGAGAAAGGAAACGUUUCAGGUACGUGCAUGCACAUUUGUAAUUUUGGAGAAUUCCUAUAGAUUUCUUUUAAUUGAUAGUUACAAUAUUAUUUAACCAUACCCCAGUUUUUGCAGGGUGUUCAUUAGGCACUAGAGAUCGUAGAAUUCUCCGUUAACCAUGCAAAAUUCUCUGGCAAAUGUUCAGUGGCCUAUGACUAUCUUUUAUUCAGACAUGGAGCCUCUUUCAAAAUAUUCUCCUGUAACAUUACACCUUUCUCCUGCUACUAGAAUUCUUGGUAAAAAUCCUGAUUUGAUUUACAGGUACAUAUUUUAAAACUACCAGUAAUGCAACUCUGUUAAGAUUCAUAAUAUAGGGCCAUUAUUAAAGAGAAAAUUUUUAAGAGGGUUUACAUUUGCCAAAUGUGCACAAUGCAACGAUUUACAUGUAACAUACAAAAUAUAAGAAGUAAAUAUCUGGCUUCCAUUUGCAGUCAGCCAUUUACAUGUAGUAUAAGUGAUAUAUUAAUUAGGUUGUGCAGUAGGACCCCUCCUUAUGACCAUGUUGUUCAUAUGACCACCUUGUCUUGUCAAUCUGUGUAAUAUCCAAAUUCCUAUGAUCCUUGAGUGAUUGUAAUAGAAUAACAGGUUUUGCUCUGUACUUCGUUCAGUGGUAUUUCUCUUUCUUUGCUAUAAUUUCUAGAACUACUUCCGAUCAAAGGUAGAUGAUUUUGAUGAGUUGCUCUUUUCAUACAUUUCCUCAACUGGAGGAUCCAUCAGGAAUGCUGUUGAGCUGACAAAGACUGAAUUUGUAGCUGGAUUUGAAACGUUCUUGGAGAAAGGUAGUAACUCACUGUAAGAGUCUGCACAACGUAUAAUUUCUUGGUGUUGAUAUAAUUUUUUACAUGCAUAAAAAGGGAAACUUUCCAAUAUGCUGACAGUGAGCAUAAUUAUAGCACUUGAGGUGGUCAGUCGUGCCUCAAGGAGCUCCGCAAGUUUUCCUAUAAUUUGUUAAAUCUGAGGAUAAGUUAAGACGUUUUUCCACUGUAUAUUUAACGAUUAAUAAAUGAGGCUAAGUACCUUAUGAAGAAUUAUGGAGAUCGAGGAGGGUGUUAUGGCCUCGACGGAUAACACCCUCAGAGAUCUCCAUAAUUCUUCAUAUGAUACCAAAGCCAAAUUCAAUAACUGUUUUAUUAUUCAUUCAAAAUUAUUCCUUGUUUAAAAACAUAGCUAAAACAUGCUUACCUCCAUCGAUGUUAAGUUCAUCUUCGAUAGACUCAUAGCGCACGUUUAUGGUUGUUCAGCUUCACAAAUAUUCUCCACGUAGCAGAUGCCACCCUUCGGUUGUCUUCUUGCUGUUCUUGCCAUGUUUUUAGCUAUUAUUUAGCCUAGUUCUUACUCUUGAAAGGAGUGAAAUGUCGGCCAUUUUUUGUUUUCACUACCAAAACAACUCAACCUCGUUCCCAGGUCUUCUAGGUUAAAGGUGCAUUAGCCUGCUAGAAAGUUGCAUUUUUGACGUCAUUGGUUGAUUGAUCGCAAAAUUCUUCCAAAUUUGGUCAUCAGUAGCUGGUUAUGGUGAAUUAUGCGUGUGCCUUUAGCCAAUCAAAAUCAGGGAAAUAUUUUGAAUGUAUAAAAUAAUUUUCUUUUAAUGAUGAGAGAUACAAAGGCAAUUGAAAAAAAAUCAAGAGAAAAAUAUUUCACAAAUUACCUCUAAAAGGAUACAAAAUAAUAGAACUUAAGUUUCUUCACUCAAACUUACUAAGUGAAACUGAGCUUGUAAUAUUGAUACUGUAUCUGCACCAAAAUUUGUGUUAGUAAAUUAAGACUUCUUUUGUAAUUUUUGUAAAUAACAGUUAUUUUCAUUGUAAUGUUUUAGUGUGACUGUUCCUGUCAUAUUAGCAAAUUAUGCUAAUUGCAGACCAGUCCCUUUUUGUUGUGCAUAGUUUUAGAAAAUAAUAAUAUUUUGUUCAAAUAAAGUUGAAGUUGAAGCUGAAAACAGAAAAGCUUUCUAUUCUUGUCUGUUUUGUGUUGUACAUGUGUCAAACCUCAUAUUAACCCCGGCCUAGGAGUCCGAGACUAUCAAUCUGUUAACAUUUACCAGUUGCUUAUUUUCCUGUAAAUUCUUGUAUCCACAGGGGUCUCUGUUGAGGGGAAGUUGGAAUUAUACUUUGCCAUUUUCUGUGAUGGGGAACCAACCAUGUCUUUCACAGGUACCUCUCUCGGCUUUGUGCUUUCUUUUUAUUAAUAACACCAUUGGAAAAUUAUGCAGAUUGAGGAGAAUGUUAUCCACCUCAGCUGAUAACAGCCUCUCCUAGAUUCUUCACAUCAUACAAAAGCUUUCGAAUGGAAAUGAUGAGAUGAAUCAGAUUUUGAACAUCACGUUGACAAAGAUAUGAAACUGUACAUAAUCUCAGCAGAACAAAGAACUUUUUGUUUUUCUUCCAGGUACGGUAUUUAUUCAAUUAAAUGCCGCCCUUGAAUAAAUGGCUCCCUCAAUCAAAUGCCGCAGGUGAAAGCAAAAUUACCAAUAAACGCUGCCCUCGAAUACCAGUAAACGCCGCACCUUAUCAGAAGAAUGCGGCAUUUACUCAAGGAUAAAAAGAAAAGCCUUGGUAUAACUUGAUAAUUUACACCAUCCAGACAUUACGAUUCUAUCUCAGCAAAAUAAGGGAGACAUUGGAACCUUUAAAUUACAUAAUAAUUAUUAUCACAAAAAAUUUACAAUAACUGUCGUCAGUGAUUUAAAAAAAAAGGAUUUCAAGUGAAUGCCGCUUUAAAUAAACGCUGCGGCGUUAAAUUGAAUAAAUACGGUACUCCUCAAAUUAAAAGUAGGCAACUUCCAUCAAGCAAUAUGUUUUCCUUAGUCUUGCAUUUGUUCCAUUCAGACUUAUUCAGGAAUUCAGCCAUUUCGUGUUCAGAUAGCCAUAAACACCAUUGAUAUUUUUUAGUUGGUAAAUAAGCAGCUAGGCUGCCAUGCCUGGUUAGUGGUAGUGAGCUUGAUUGAUGGGGUAACAAUAAUAUAUACCAUUGCUCACAUCAGUUCUUCCAAAUAUGGUGAGUGCCAGCUGGUGAUGAAGAAUUAGCCAAGUGAUUGCUAGGGGCCAAUCAGAAAGGGCAAAAUAUUUUGUAUGAAUUAACAAUGUAAUAUAUUUCUUCUGUUUCAUAAGUAAAUAAAAGGCAAUUUGGAAGGAGUCUAGCAGUGAUCUGAAGCCAUAAGUAGGGCCACUAUUUUCCUCAAAGCCCUUCAACUUAUUGCUUGUUAUUUUGUAAUUCAGAUGUGGUGGAAAUGUUUCAUAUCUCAAGAUCUUUCGCUGUGGCUCUCGCCACCACCAUUCAAGGUCCAAAGCCUGAAACAGAGACAAUAGCAGAUGUGUGGGCACGAUCUAUUGUGAGUUGAAGUAAAUCAGUUGAUCAGUUUCAUCAUUGUUAUUAAAUCCAUUAGGCCCAGUGGCAAAAAGUUUAAUAAUUACUAAAAGGCUUAAAGGAUUUAGCACAAAACAAUGUUCUGAAUCCCACUUUAAUGCCACCAAAAUUUUGAAAUCAAAUCAAGCUUUUCCAAUUUUCUUGAUGUCAGUGAACACCCCUUAUCAUGUCAGUCAGUUCACAUUGUAGGUGCCUGCCACUAUUAGAAAUUGGAAAAAUAAAGAAUUUGUUUUGGUAAGAAAACAAUGGCUGACAUUUGAGCUGGUCAGGUGUCCAAGAGGGUCGUCUUUAGCAUAUUUUAUGUCUUUGCAGACUGAAUUUUAAAUUACUUCUUUUAACCCCUUUUUGCAUUAAUUUUAUAGAUGGGUGAGGAAGGCACCCACAUAGAUUGUGACAGAUUCUGUAGAUGGGCUAAACAAAACUGUCCAAGAGUGUUUGAUGGAAUUCACUUCUGGAUGAUAAAAAUGUUGCUGUAUAGAGGACAUUCACCUGGUACUGUCCCGCAGGUACUUAAACUGGCUGAGUCCUAUGAUCUAUGAUCCCCAAAGAGGUGACUGGUCUCUUAAACUAAAUUGAAAGCUGCUAUAAAUGAAGUGCUGAUUUUAAAAAUAUGAAAAAUGUGUCUCAAAUUAAAGUUCUGCAUUCCAAAAUUGAACCAGCAAUCAAAGGAGUUGAAUUUUUUUUAAUGUGUUGCGAUCAACUUGAUCCUAGUUGGAAAUUAAUUGUCGGUUUAAAAUCUGUUGAAAUAGUAGUAAGUUACUAACAGCAGCUAUACUGUGUUUUUUAAUGUGUAAUAUAUAUUUUUUCAUAUGCAGUAACUCUUUCCAAUAAACUCUCGACUGUUGUAGUAUCUAUUUCCCUGGAGUUUGCAAGGUUGCUGCUGACAGUAUUUGCAGCAUGAACACUGAAAGUCAAAAGAUUAGUUUCUGGGUCACGGCAGCGGAGGGGAAAGUAAGGAAAAUACAUUCUGUUUGAUUGGGUCAGUGAACAUUAAUUGCUGUUUUUCCCUCGGUCAUAUCAUUUCCUAGGGAUUUCAUGGCAUUCCUAGUGUCAAAGAGCAACUUGAUAGCCAAUCACUUCUAAACACAGAAACCCUUUGGAUUCUUUCUACUAUUCUUCCUUCUUGUUUCAUUGGUAAUGUAACUCAAAGUUCCAACUCAGCAGAGCAGCAGAAGAUCACUUCAGAUGAAAAGAAGCCACAGGAAAUGGUAGGGUUUUGUCAGUGUACAGUAAAUAAUGUUGUUAGAUACCUAAAAAAGGUAAUGUACUAUCCAGAUUUUAUUUUAACUUAGCACAACUGACUACCAUACAUAGGACAAUAAAAAGAUGGGGUCACCGUGCUUUUUUUUUCACCUUGGGUGCCCUUAUUCUGAGUGUUUUCGUAGCAAAUCAUUUCAAAACUGUCUGCAGUGCUGUUGCCGAUGGGUUUCAAUCUGUUACACUAGUUUUCUGUAAUAUUUUCCAGAGACAUCGGGGCUAAAAAUCCAUCCACGUUGUAUCAGAUUUCAGAUACUUUGUAUUUGUAUUUUUUUGUUUUUGAAUUGUUUUGUAUUCCCAAAGUUUCAAGUCACCUUUCACAACAUGUUACAUAUAUGUGCGUUUCAGUGCAAGGAAUGGAGGCUGCUGUAUGACAGCCAGGAACAUGGACAGAGUUUAAACAGGUGUAAUUUCAUUAUUUGUACAUUUUUAAAACAACCGUGAGGUAACUUGAUAGUACAGUCACGUACGUGUACACGCACGUAAAUUUUACUCGUGUAUAUAAAGUGUUGAGCUUAAACGUGAAGUUUAGCGAGGUUCAACUUUUACUUUUACCUGCGACCUUUCAAGCAUUGCCUCUAUUUUAUUUGAGAAGUCAACGUUAAUUUUUACGGGCGUACGCACGUAAAAAUUACGCGACAGUGGAAAUCCACCCUAAGGGGGCCAUAGAAGGUGUCCUUAUUAACAUGGUACCUUAAGCGGGUGUCCGUAAACCGGGCCUUAACUGUAACUAUUUUUUGUUUCUAAAAUGAAUUUGAAGUUGCUAUCUACCGUAAAUACGCUGUAUGCGUUAGUUAUUGACCAAGCUUGUUUGCUCACGAUACAGUGGAUAUAUUUACUACCAUCUCGUUUAUACGUGCACCUGGUAACUACAGUCAUAUUCUUUCGAUAUCAACGUAAAAAAAAUACUGAAUAAUUUUAUUUUUUGAAGACCCCAUUAAAUGACUACCUCGAUAUUACAAUGAGGAUUUUAUAGCUCAAAGGUGGUUGCAUUAAAUAAAUUAAGUUCCACUGUAGCUGAAUGUGUAUUUUUGUAUUUUUAUUGACUGAUAUGAAGUUGAGGCCAUACCGCCGCCCGGUUAGCUCAGCUGGGAGAGCGUCGUUCUGCUGAGCGGGAGGUCGCGGGCUCGAACCCCGGCCGGGCCAACACUCAGGGUCUUUAAACAGCUGAGAAGAAAGUGCUGUCUUUGUAAUGACAUCUGCAAAGGGUUAGACUUUCUAGUCUUCUCUGAUAAGGAUGAAAAGCCGUAGUUCCUGUCUCACGGCACUUUCACUUAUCUGAUUCUUGUGGGACGUAAAAGAACCCACACCACUGUUCGAAAAGAGUAGGGGACGUAGACCCCGGUGGUGUGGUCAACCUUUCCUGGGUUGGGUGGGUUAUCUGUAAGGAGAGAUUUAGGGAUAACCUCGUGAUCCUCCUUCAGAUGUCGUAAUGGCUAACUGUAAACAGUGUACAACAGUAUCUAUGUUUGUACUGGUAAAAAGCUGCCUCGUACCUAGACGUCUCUCUCUCGAUGAAAAUGUGCCUGCUGUCUGUACCCUUCCCACGGUCCCUUGCGGUUCAUCACCAGUCGCUGGCCUCCACCUUGCGAAAAACGAAGCCCCUGAGGAGGAGGCUGGGUAAAAAGUAUGAGGACAAGAAGACUAAACGGUGCCACUGUGGCGUGAGUGAUUUUUAUGCUUGGGUUCCUGUUGCCUAUUAAGUCCUAUGUACCGUUGUGUAUAGAUUCAAGCACCACUGCAUGGCAUAUCGUGGGCCUACUGUGACCCUUUUAAGGAUAGAAAAGGACGAACUGCUGGUGGUAGCAGUGGAUGUGGAAUGGAGGUAAAAUUGUUGCUGCCUUUGCUCUGACUUCUACACAUUUUUGCACUUGGUAGUCUUCCCGGAUGAUAGGGGGCUUUAUAAGCAACGAUGAAGGCGACGCAUUGAAAAGGGCAAGAAAGCAAUAGGUUUAGAUUAGCAAAACUAAACUUUGCUCGUUCUUCACGCUUUUUUGUACAUUUCUUUGUGGCGGUUGCUCGACAACGACGUGCAUGAACAGGAGACAACGAUUUUUUAAAUUCUUUUUUUUAAUCUGAGAUGCAGUCCUUUAGAAUUUAACUCCAGAAAAGACCGCCAACAUUUGACAAAUUGGAUGGGAUGGAAUAACAGCAAUGAUCCUUGAAACAGUGUUGCUGGCUUAAACCUGAUAAAACGGUAAUUUUCAGACUGCAAAACGGUCAGGCUUUUUUUUCUCAAAAUCGGUUUUCAAGGCGCGAGGCUCCAUCCGCUGCUUUGUAGUCUACAUGAUUAUUUUUUAAAUUAGCUUUAUAAUAAAUUUGAAGAAUAAUCGACUGCCUGUAUCUUAUCCUGUCCUGAUAACCCAGAUAAGUCAUUUGUUCAUCAAUGUUUGUUGUUUAGGGAGUCAUCUUCUAGCUGGGGUAACUCAGACUGUAGGAUCGUACAAAUAAGACCCAAGUUUCGGGUAUUAAGAGGUAAGAACAAGAAAUUUAUCUUGUCGCGUUUGCCUACCUAAAGAAAUACAUUUAACGUCACUUCCUGAAUUAAAAGAAGAAUCAUUUUCGUUCAGACAGUAAUCUUCUUGUGGGCUUUUUCACGGCUUGUGGUGGUUCCAUGGAACUCAAUACCUGCUUGUGUCAUUGACACUGAGUCGAUAGCGACCUUAACUUCAAAGGCGCUAUUAUACGCCACUUCCUCAUUUCCCAUAAUGUACCUUAUUUGCCCCCCCAAAUUUUGCAUAACCUUUGUUUUUCAUUUCUCCAGGGUAUUACAGCCUAAAGAUGUUUUUUUGUUUGUUUGUUUGUUUGUUUUGUAUUAGCGGGUCCAAAUUUGAUAUUUUUCAACGAGCGGGCAAGAGGUUUACCAUCUGGCAUUGUACUAGGCCAAACAUCAAGACCCUGUGUUAGUUUGGACACUGGUUUGACUUCUGCUAAACUCCAUUAUCUAGCGGAUUUGUCCCCGCAGACAGUAAAAAGAAUCGAGGUGAGUGAACGGCUUUGAUUCCUAAUGUUUUACGAUUAUAUUAUCUUAACUACUAUUUAAUUAAUGAAGUAAUACUUUUUAUCUAAAACACCUAUUUUGUAUCUAUAUUCCCUCUACUCAUAUUCUUGUUUGGGUCACCUACUCGGUUAGUUCCACGAACUAUUUAGGUGUCCCAAACUCUGCACAAUGAACCUACGAUUGAAAUUCUCUUUCCCUCCACAAUCUCUCGAUUUUAUAUUUUAAAGCACUAAUUUGUAUUAAUUAUAGUUAUUCUGUGUGAGUUUAAAUAAAAAUUGACUUGACUUGACUUGACUAUCAUCGAUUCUUACCAUGCAAACAGGAUUUAGAAAAAGUAUCUAAAGCGUUUUUCUCGGUGAAUAAAAACGCAAAAAGGAACUCCGCAGCCCAUAUCUAACCAUGUUGACCCCACGCUUGGUCAAAAUCAAUGUUAUUGCGCAAAUCCAGGGGCGUAACCAGGAUUUUUCUUUAGAGGGGGUCCACCCCUAAGGAGUGGAGUAACUGACUGGUGACGUAAACAACUUUUAAUACAGAAUACCAGUUGUAUUAGAAAGCCGCAGGUCAUCUCAGGUGGGGGGCGGGCAGACCCCCUGCACCCUUCCCCUAGAUCUGCCCCUGAAGUGGCUAAGAUGGGCCUAUUUUGCUCACUCGGGAUUUCCUGCAAAGUACCGCGAUGAAAAAAGUUCUCUUCGCCAUGAAUGAUCUCUUUGUUGAUCAAAUUAUUAACUAACCUAAUUAUAUUUUCAUGUUUAAACUUACAACACUUCCACCUCUACAUACCCUUCUCUUCGUCAUUAUACGCACUAUUUUAGUGGAGAUUUGGCGGGGACCUUUUUCAUUAGGGAUGUAAUGUCACAAAGGUUGCUAGGUGAAUUUAAUGGACUUAAAGACAUUCCGAUUAAUUUUAUUUAACUAAUCGUGGGUGCAGUCCUGAAAGAACUAAACCCCGAUUAACUAAUCCGAGAUUUUAAAAUAAACUGUUUAACUAGUUUUCGGAUAUCCGUAUAUACAGACAGUUUCGUUUGGCGGAAAAUGAAGUGGUCUAGGUUGACGACAAAAAAAACCGAAAUAUAUUACCCUCUAAAAUUUAACCCGGUGAUAAUACAGACACUAAGGCAUGACGCGUCGGUGUCCAUAUUGACGGGGCUCCACAGUGAUUCUAAGUUUUCUUCAUUUUUGACAUUGCCUUUUUUUAACUUGUUGUUAGGUUUGGGGAUGUGGAGGUCAAGUAGUGAAAGAAAAACAAGAGAAACAACAGCAAUGGGAACGGAAACAAGCUGAAAAGUUACAAAAGGUUAAUCGAUAUGUGUGUUCCCUUCAAAGUUGAUGAUAUUGCGGUAAAUUUUUGAAAUUGUGUGACACGACCGUCUUUCAAGUAGCCUUUGUAGCGGCUUGCGGGAUUAGCAGGCGAGUCCCGGGGAAUUGACUCGGGUUUCGAGUGACAGGGAUGAUCGAAGGAUUUCUUUGGGUUUGAAAUAUUCGAUUUCGGGAAAAACACUCAAGCGGACUCCAUCCCCGGGGCGAAACUUUUUAUUUAAUUGUUAAUUUGUUCCGGGAUUUUUUUGGGUAGGAAAAUUUUGGCAAGUGUUUUUUCGGGUAGCGUGAUUUAAGUAGGGAUUUUUUGGGUAUUCAAAACAAUUUCAAGAUUCGUGAUAGUUCCCGCGUAUCCCGGCCGGGUAGUUCCGCGAAUAAAGAAAAACCACACUUGUUUUGCGACUGUUUUAAUAUUUAACGCAUUAUAUUACCUCGUUUUCAUAAAACCGGUUAAUAGAAUAUGUUCUUGGGUGUCUCGAGUUUUGUUACAAUGACCGCCAGAUGCGAAAAACGUUCUUACUCCAGAUGGUGUGCGGAUGAAUAAACAAACACAAACAUUCCAUUAAUAUGUUUCUGUUUUUCGUGUUAUAUCAUUUAAUGCUUUCAGGAAAUUUUUUUGGCGCGGAAAUUGGGAAUGGCAUUUGUUGAGGGUUAAAUUUUGGUCCAGGGAUUUUUUGGGGGGGUUUGUUUUGAGGUCAUAGGGAUUUUUUAGGGUUUUGAUUUUUCCCACCAUUCGAUCAUCCAUGUCACUUGAAAUCCGGAGUACCUUCCCCGGUAGAAGAGUGCUCUUGUUUUAGGCCCUGUCCACACUAAUGCGUUUUCAAAAGUACGCGUUUUCGUUAUCAUCGAAAACGCAUCGAUCGAUUCGCGUACACACUUCCGUUUUCAUGCGUUUUCGACUGUCCACGUUACAACGUUCCAAAACGAUAGAAUUGCACGUCGCAACGUAAGUUGAACUCUGUGCGCAUGCUAUAAACACACGCGCCUGUAACGUUUUCGGCCGUCCACACUAGUACAAUAUGUAUGCGUUUUCGUUUUGAUCCACCUUCAAGAGCGUUUUCACAUCGAUGAGUUUUCAAUGAAAACGCUGAGCGUAUUAUUGUGGACAGCAGGCCUAUUAAAACGCACCGAAAUGCACGCGUUUUCAAACGAAAACGCAUUAGUGUGGACGGGGCCUUGGAAAGUACCCCACGCAUAACAAUCCCGCCAGCUACUCAGACGACUGUCAAGAAGUGUUAAACAGACCUAGUUGUUUGUCCUUCCUGCUUUUAAUUGGCCUGACAUUAUAUCCUGGCUGAAGGAAAUAGCAUCGUUGGUUGAGCAGAAAUAAAACUUUUGUCUGACGCAUAUCAUAAACAAAAGCCCCUCUGAGCCAGCUCGUAAAUGCGGAGAUAUUUAGUUGCAAAGCAGUUCAAGCAUCAAACUAUGGUUCAAGGAUUCCUGGCGGCCAUGCGGCAAUGAAGUGUUACGUGUUAAAUGAACAACAUUGUCACUAUUUUAGUAAAGAGGAUUUGAAAGCUUUUAAUUCACUUUGGUCCAUUAUUUUGUUUGUUCGUUAUAGAAUACUCUGCGCUCGAUGUGGUGAGCUCUCUUUUUCAAAAAUAGCGUCAGUUAAAAUUUGGUGACGAGCCAGUCGUACAUAAAACGUAACGUUGACCGCUUUUGAGCCAAUCUUGAUGAAAUACAAAAUUCGGUGGAAAGAAAAGUCCAUCAUAGUUUAUAUGACAUGUAUACUUUGUACCUCAUAUAAAAAAUCGCACCCAAAUCACUGAUGACGGCAAGACCUUAUUCAUUGCUCUCUGCAUAUAUGAGUUAGAAAGCAAUGCCAGCAGAGAUAGCAAACUUUGAUCGCUAUGCUUGUAAAGUGUUUUAUUGUUUUGAUUGCAAAUGUAGAUCAACCCUGCCUGGGUACCAGUGUCUUUUUCUCGCGUGAGGCGAUUGAGUACGGACGGCUGAGAUGGUUCGGGUCGGCCUGGCCGAAGACACGAAAAAGGACUGAAACCGGAAACCGCGCAUGAAAAGUCACUGGUAACCAGGGAUCUUCAUCUGUAGUACCGUAAUGUAGAUCUUCAUAACAAGAAAGAAACCUUUGAAUAUUUGUAGGUCAAACGCCCCGGAAGGUGGGAUGAGAAUCCUGACAAAGCAAUCUUGGAGAUGGCAGGUGUCACUACAAGCCACAGUCAAAGAUAACAUCUCCAGUGCAUCAGUUUUUGUUCGCUGACUAGGAAAUGUUUCGUCCUGCUCGCUGUUAAUUUCUUUUAAGUAGUGAAUACUGGAACUCCCGCUGAAUCUUGAUAAAAUGGACAGAAUAUUCAGAGGUUCUUCAGUCCAUCAAGAGAUUUAAGUUUAAUCAAGAAAGCCUAAGGGUGAAGCUUUAUGCUCCCUUAGUUAAAUCCAAAAUAAAGAGCCGACUUUUUUGGAUAGCAAGGGCGUAUGUAUGACUGGCAAUUCGUAAAUUUCACCCUAUAUUUACUAGGUUAGUCAUGCAUGUGGUGCCCGCUACCCGCAGCUUAGAAGCAGCAAAACAAUUCUACAGCAGUCUCUCCUCGUUUCUCACCGCUAGAGACGUUUCGCUGGAGAGCAGUAACUCUGUGAUUUGGCCCCAAAACCUUACACUGCUGACGUAGAUUUGCCCGGAAUCUGGUCAACGAGCGCUGAGAAGAAAUAGCCACGCGUGCGACUAAGGGCGCGAGAUGGCAGUUGAAGAAAAAUUCUUGUUGCAGUCUAAAAAUUCAAGGUAGGACAAGAAAAGACAAGAUAAUUUAUUUAACUGAGC